UCAUCAUUUUAACUUGUCUUUUAUUAUAUAACACUGGUUGACACAGUUUCCUUCCAUGGUUUCCUAUUUUGGGAUAUUACUGAUCCUAACAACCAAUUUAUAUCAGAACUGGCAGUUCUGGGCGAAACAUGGCAUUUAAACUGCAACCAGUUCAUUGAACUGGAACCUUUGAUGCUCAUGUAUUCAGGGGACAAGUCACAAGUAGAUAAUGAAGAUAGCAAAUGGAUGGGUUAUUUUAUUUGUUAUGUUCCAUCACAGCUUCUUGUUUUGUGCAGCUUCUGAUGCCAUAACCAUUAACAAACCCAUCAGAGACGGUGAGCAUCUAAUUUCUAGCGAAAAUUCAUUUGCUCUAGGGUUCUUCACUCCAGGCAAAUCAAACAAUCGCUAUGUAGGAAUUUGGUACAACAAUCUGCCAGAACCAACUGUGGUUUGGGUUGCAAACAGAGACGAUCCCAUUAAUGAUACCUCUGGUGUUCUCUCCAUCAGCUCAGAUGGAAACCUAGUUCUUCAUCGUAACUACUCCGACAUUCCCAUCUGGUCUACGAAUGUUUCUGUCCCUGUUCCAAACACAACAGUUAUGGCUCAACUCACAGAUAUAGGUAACUUUGUUUUGACUUCUCAAAAUGACUCCAAAACUGUUUUAUGGCAAAGCUUUGAUCAUCUUUCCGAUACUUUGCUUCCGUAUGGGAAAUUGGGAGUGAACAGAAGGACUGGCCAGAGCUGGUUUUUGCAGUCCUGGAAGGCAGAGGAAGAUCCAGGAACAGGAAACUUCACCAUGAAGUUUAAUGUUAAUGGGAAACCUCAGUUAUUCUUGUACAAUAAUUACGCACCAUGGUGGCGGGCUGGAUCCUACAACGGCGAAAUGCUUGUGGGUAUUCCAUUUAUGAAACGAGCAAUGUCAACUUAUGUUACUAUUCCUUUCUCGGAUGAUGGUAAUGAAGUUAAAAUUUUAUUUCACCCCUAUGACAAGAAAAUCAUCAUGCGAGUGGUGGCUGUUCAAUCUGGAUUCUUCCAAGCCUUGCUAUGGGAUAAUGAUAAGAAACAAUGGAAUCGAUAUUGGUCUGGUCCAGAAGUGGAUUGUGAUAACUAUGGAUCUUGUGGUGCCAAUGGGAAUUGUGAUCCUCUUAACUACGCAAAUUUCAGGUGUUCUUGCUUACCUGGGUUUGAACCCAAAAACCCAACAAAUUGGUAUCAACAGGGCGAUCCAUCAGAAGGUUGUGUGAGAACGAAAGGACCAUCCUUAUGUGGGAAUGGAGAAGGAUUUGUUAAAGUAGAAAGCGUAAAGAUUCCUGAUACGUCCGUGGCAAAUUCAAAUAUGACUAUGAGUUUGGAAGAAUGUGAAAAAGAAUGCUUGAGAAACUGUUCUUGUAAUGCCUAUUCUGUUUCUGAUGUGAGAAAUGGUGGGACUGGAUGCUUGAUUUGGCAUGGGAUUUUGAUGGAUACACAAAAAUUAAGUCAGGAAGGGCAGGAUAUAUAUGUUCGUGUUGAUGCUAUUGAACUUGAAACAUAUGCUAGGAAAUCAAAAAGAUCAGCGCUUGCUAUGUCUUGGAAAGUGGGGAUUACAGUGACUUGUGUGAUUUUGCUGAUUGCUCUUCUUAUUGUCUUAUCUGUGUGUUUCAUUCGGAUCAAAAAACGAAGAGAUGAGAUAAUCGAACAAGAAGCAAAAUUAAAUUCCCCAACAGAGGAGCAAAACGGUGAAAACAGAGCACAAUCGAGCUUACCAUUUUUCAGCGUCAAAACCAUAACAACGGCAACAAACAAUUUCUCAGAUGAGAAUCAAUUAGGGCAAGGAGGAUUUGGUUCUGUUUACAAGGGAACAUUAAUUAAUGGAGAAGAGAUAGCAGUGAAGAGAUUGUCCCAAGAUUCUGGACAAGGCACUCAAGAGUUCAAGAAUGAAAUUAAACUAAUUGCCAAAUUGCAACACAGGAACCUUGUGAAAUUGCUUGGAUAUUGCAUUCACAAAGAAGAAAGGAUGUUGAUCUAUGAGUACCUUCCCAACAAAAGCUUGAACUUCUUUCUCUUUGAUAGGAGUCAAAGAAUGCCAUUAGAUUGGGAUACACGUUUCAAUAUUAUAUUUGGAAUUGCUCGAGGUCUUCUCUAUCUUCAUCAAGAUUCAAGGCUAAAAAUAAUUCAUAGAGACCUUAAAGCUAGCAAUGUCCUCUUGGAUGCUACAAUGAAUCCUAAAAUUUCAGAUUUUGGCAUGGCUAGAAUAUUUGGAGAGAACCAGAUCCAAGCAAGAACUAGACGAAUUGUUGGAACAUAUGGUUAUAUGUCUCCAGAAUAUGCAAUGGUAGGACAAUAUUCAACAAAGUCUGAUGUUUUUAGCUUUGGUGUUCUAUUGUUAGAGAUUAUUAGUGGCAAGAGAAAUACAGACUCUGAUAAAGAAAGAGCAUCCCCAAAUUUGAUUGGACAGGUAUGGGACCUUUGGAGAGAAGAAAAAGCCUUGGAAAUAGUGGACUCAACACUUGGUGAAUCAUAUCCUCUUGACAUAGCCUUAAGGUGUAUACAAAUUGGGCUAUUAUGUGUGCAAGAAAGUGCCCUCUAUAGGCCAUCCAUGUUGGAAGUUGUUUUCAUGCUUGGUAAUGAAGUAACCAUUCCCUCACCUCAUAAGCCAGCAUUCCUAUUCAAUUCUAACAUAGAGAAUUCAGAAUCUUCAGCAUCUGGAGAUCCUUCAGUAAACACUAUUUCAGAUACUACAAUUAGUGCUCGAUAAAUUAGACUUAGAUAUAUAUAUGAGAGAAGUGCAAUUUUUGAUCCUAUGUAUUGUUAAACUUUGAUUCUGUAUUAAUGUUUGUGCAUAGCAAGCGUCCUUCAUUUUGUUCAUAUAUAUGCUUGAUGAUGAACAAUGAUUGAUUACUAGCAAAUGUAGAGGUGUAUUGUACAUUCCAUCUAUAUUUCUUAGUAUUUCUAUAAACAAAAUAUCGUACUGAUUUUUUUUUACUCA